AAAAGUAAUGAAUGGAUUGCCAUGCUACCUCGUCUACACUGGGUAUAUUUUCAACGGGCUUUGCAAAAAAUUUGGUAUCAAGCCGGAUAAGUAUGAAUCUAGGAAGAAACUGCUCAUGAGUCUCCCGGUACAGGAACUUGAAAAAAUGACAUGCUGUAACAUUUAUCUCUGCCCAAAGGAUCACUUGGUUGCCGUUAUGGGUCCAAUUCGAGGAAUGAAGCUAGUCAGGAAGAUUGUGGAAGACUGCAUUGUUCAUAAUAUUCCUCCGGCACCUCGUGUAAGGAGGCUUGCAAAUUACAUUCAAGCGAUUAAAGGUGUUGAGGCGUUGAGGCUAUGAUGAACAAUCUCGAAAAUGAAUGUUGGGUUCUGCUGCUCCAGUUGUGGUCGUUUAAUCCAUGAGUUUACACUACACUACAAGAUGAUCAAUUCUAUAACUAAAUAACUAGGAAUUGAUGAAUGGAUUCUGCUUCUGAGAAAUUUAUCAUCUACUUUUUGAGAUGCUUAAUUUGUUGUACUCCAAUGUAAUGACGUGUUUAAUCCUUCA